AAUGUUGGACCUUCUAAAAAAAAGGCCAAAAUAACUCAAGAGUCUUUUACUCCUCUCCGUUCAUCACUUCCCUACAAUUGCUUGCAAGUUUCCUCGUUUACAUUUGCUUGACCACAUUUGUCAAGUAAAUGUGGAAAUUGACAAGUAAUAAAUACGAUGCAUGAUACCUCAAUUUGAAACACUCUAUAUAUACUCUUCUAGAGUACUCUAUUGCGCCAAACAAAGAUAUGAGGAUCUUCACAAAGCUCUCUGCACCACUCUGCCUCCUUUUUGUCUUCCUCUGUCUUAAAACUGCCUUCUCAUCCUCUAUACAUGCUUCUUCCUUCUCAACAACACAUCGUUGCUCUCAUGAGGAGGCUCUUGCUUUGCUGCAAUUCAAGACAUCCUUCUCCAUCAAUUACACUGUUCCGUAUUCAUAUUGUUGGGGGGAAAAUUAUUCUAAGAUUGAGUCAUGGAAGGAAGGUAUAGACUGUUGUUCCUGGGAUGGGGUUAGCUGUGAUAAUGUCACAGGCCAUGUAAUUGCCCUUAAUCUCAGCUGCAGUUUCCUUUAUGGCACCUUUCCUUCCAACAGCACUCUUUUCUUCCUCAGAAACCUGCAGAGCCUCAAUCUUGCCUUGAAUGAUUUUAGGCUUUCCAAGAUUCCACCAGAAAUCAGUCAGUUUACUAGACUAAAGCAUCUUGAUGUCUCUUCUUCUCAAUUUUCGGGCCAAGUUCCGAGAGAAAUUGCUCACCUCCCCAAGUUAGUUUCUCUCAAUCUCUCUAGUUACUUCUAUGAUGAUUCUCCUGAAUUGAUCCUUGAAACAACUACCUUCAGAAAUCUUGUUCACAACUUGAGUGAGGUGAGAGAACUUGUGCUUCGUGGAGUGAACAUGACAUCUGUUAAUCCUCGUUUCUUCAUGAAUCUCUCUUCUUCAUUGACUACUCUUGAUCUUAUUGAGAGUGGGUUAAGCGGAAACUUUCCAAACAGUAUUUUUCGCUUUCCAAAUCUCAAGAAUUUUUAUUUAAGUGGAAACCGGAACCUCACUAUUGAUCUUCCAAGUUCUAAUUGGAGCAGUCCUCUCCAACAGUUGUAUUUAGGUUAUAUGGAUUGCGGAAGGCGAUUGCGAGAGUCUGUAGGAGAUCUUAAGUCAUUACAGUCUCUGAGUCUUGGCUGCAACUUGGAAGGUUCCAUUCCAGCUUCCAUAGGGAACUUAUCUCAACUUACUUACCUAAGCCUCUUUUAUAGCAAUCUUAGCGGACAAAUCCCACCAUCACUUGCAAACCUCACCCAACUUACCUCUCUUUUCCUUUCCUCUAAUCAGUUUUCUGGUCCCAUUCUAGCUUCCAUAUGUAACUUAAGGCAACUUACUAGCCUAUACCUCUCUUCUAACAAUCUUAGAGGACAAAUCCCAUCAUCACUUGCAAACCUCACCCAACUUACCUUUCUUGACCUUUACCAUAAUCAGUUUUCUGGUCCCAUUCCAGCUUCCAUAGGUAACUUAAGGCAACUUACUAGCCUAGACCUCUCUUCUAACAAUCUUAGCGAACAAAUCCCAUCAUCACUUGCAAACCUCACCCAACUUACCUCUCUUGACCUUUCCGAUAAUCAGUUUUCUGGUCCCAUUCCAGCUUCCAUAGGUAACUUAAGGCAACUUACUAGCCUAUACCUCUAUUAUAACAAUCUUAUUGGACAAAUCCCAUCAUUACUUGCAAACCUCACCCAACUUACCUUUCUUGACCUUUCCUAUAAUCAGUUUUCUGGUCCCAUUCCAGCUUCCAUAGGUAACUUAAGGCAAUUUACUAUCCUAUACCUGGAUUCUAACUAUCUUAGCGGACAAAUCCCAUCAUCACUUGCAAACCUCACACAACUUCGCUUUCUCUUCCUUUCUCAUAACUUACUUAAUGGCACGUUGCCACCUUGGAUUUUCACCCUGCCUUUGUUAGAGUACUUGUAUCUUCGUCAUAACCAAUUUCAAGGGCUCAAUUCCUAACUCA